AUGUCUCAACCUCGCAUGGAAAGCGUCAAACUGAUGACCGUAGGAGACGGUGCAGUCGGUAAAACAUCUUUACUCAUGUCAUACGCUUUAGAUAAAUUCCCAGAAGACUACGUGCCAACAGUUUUCGAUAACUAUACAUGUACAAUGGUGUACAAUAAACAAAUUCACGUAUCCCUUGGGCUGUGGGAUACAGCUGGUCAAGAUGACUAUGAACAAAUGCGUCCAUUAGCUUUUCCUGGAACUCAUGUUUUUCUAAUUUGUUUUUCAUUGAUUAGUAGAUCGAGUUUUGAAAAUGUUGAUGCGCAUUGGAUUAAAGAAAUUAGAACAUUUUCAAAGGAUGUUCCAUUUGUUUUGUGUGGAACUAAAUUGGAUAGUGCAAAUGAUCCAGAAACUUUGAAAAAACUUGAAGAACAUGGCGAAAAACCAGUGACCAAAGAGGAAGGAGAGGCCCUUGCCAAAAAGCUUGGUGCCUACGCAUUCUGUAUGUGUAGUGGUAAGACACAAGUUGGUAUUACAGAAGUUUUCAAAAAAGCAAGUGAGACAGGUCUAUUAUAUCAAGGUGUUUUGAACAGUUCUGAUCUCGAAGGUGGAAGUGGAGGAAACAACACAUCAAAGACCAAUACAUCACCCAAUAAUGCAUCACAGAAUAGAAAUGGUGAAAAGAAAGGUUGCUGUCUGGUCAUGUAA